CCCCAAAAAAAGCCACACACACCACUUCCUAAUUAAACUCAUUCCCACUCUCUCUCAUUCCAUUCCCUCUUUACUCUUCUUCUCCUCCCCCUUUUCCCGCUGCUGUUAUUUUCCCCUCCUCCUUCUAGGGUUUUGGCUGACUACCCACCAAAGGAAAACCAAAAAGAAAAUGUGGGUCGCUCUCAGGUUUGGAAUGUGAAUUGAAUGAAGCAUGGGUUGCGUGUUCGGGAAAGAGCUGAGCGGCAAGCGGCCGUCCGGCGGUGGAGGAGCGGGAGAGUCUCGCCGGCACAAUCGGCAGCAGCAGCAGCAGCAGCAGCAGCAACAAGUUGGUGCUGUGGAAAAUGAGAUCAGAAAUGGAGUCGGAAAGGAGAUUAGUAGCAGCAACAACAAUACAGAGGAAGAAAGCUCCGCUGCUGCUAGUGUUAGUAAGCCGAAAGGCGAGAGGAGAAGGUCUUCCAAGCCCAAUCCCCGACUGAGCAAUCCGUCCAAGCAUCUCCACGGCGAGCAAGUAGCCGCCGGUUGGCCGUCCUGGCUCUCCGCCGUGGCCGGGGAAGCCAUCAAUGGCUGGAUUCCUCGCCGUGCUGACACUUUCGAGAAGCUUGAUAAGAUUGGGCAAGGUACGUACAGCAAUGUAUACAAAGCUAGGGACACUUUGUCUGGAAAGAUUGUGGCAUUGAAGAAGGUUAGGUUCGACAAUUUGGAACCAGAAAGCGUGAAAUUCAUGGCUAGGGAGAUUGUGAUCUUGCGAAGAUUGAAUCAUCCCAAUGUCGUCAAACUUGAAGGCCUAGUGACUUCAAGAAUGUCGUGUAGUUUAUACCUUGUGUUUGAGUACAUGGAACAUGAUUUAGCAGGACUUGCAGCUAGCCCAACUAUCAAGUUCUCAGAGUCCCAGGUCAAAUGUUAUAUGCAUCAACUGUUAUCUGGCCUUGAACACUGUCAUAACAGGAAUGUGUUGCAUCGUGAUAUCAAGGGGUCGAAUCUUCUCAUUGGCAAUGAUGGAAUUCUUAGGAUAGCCGAUUUUGGGUUGGCUUCGUUCUUUGAUCCAAAUCACAAGCAGCCGAUGACCAGUAGGGUGGUUACAUUGUGGUACCGACCUCCUGAGCUUCUCCUUGGGGCAACUGACUAUGGUGUGGGUGUUGAUCUGUGGAGUGCUGGUUGCAUUCUUGCCGAGUUAUUGGCUGGAAAACCUAUCAUGCCUGGUCGGACAGAGGUGGAACAAUUACAUAAGAUAUUUAAACUGUGUGGCUCUCCUUCUGAAGACUACUGGAAAAAGUCGAAGCUGCCACAUGCUACUAUAUUCAAACCUCAACAGGCAUACAAGCGGUGCAUAGCAGAGACCUUCAAAGACUUCCCUCCAUCUUCUCUGCCAUUAAUCGAAACACUACUCGCAAUUGAUCCUGCUGAACGCCAACAUGCUACUGCUGCAUUACGUAGUGAAUUCUUCACUACCAAGCCAUAUGCCUGUGAUCCUUCCAGUCUUCCAAAGUACCCUCCCACAAAGGAGAUGGAUGCUAAACUACGUGAUGAAGAGGCUAGAAGGUUGAGAGCUGGAAAGGCUAGUGCCGACGUUGUGAAGAGGUCAUCACGUCCUCGUGAUCGAGCUUCUAUGAGAGCAAUUCCUGCACCAGAAGCAAAUGCCGAGCUUCAAGCCAAUCUCGAUAGGCGGCGGAUGAUUACACAUGCAAAUGCAAAGAGCAAGAGCGAGAAGUUUCCACCUCCGCACCAAGAUGGAACGCUGGGCUAUACCCUGGGGUCUUCCCACCACAUCGAUACCUCGUACGACCCCCCUGAGGUUCCGUUCAGUUCCACGAACUUCUCGUACCCGAAAACCCACAUCCAGACCUGGUCAGGCCCGUUGGUCGACGGUACUGGUGCUCCUAAGCGGAGGAAGCAGAAGGAUCGAAACUCUGCUCGCGUUAAGGACAAAGAGAUCAUGUAAUAUAUAUAUGGAUACAGAAACUGGGUUCAUUUGGGUGGAUUGGUCUACUACAACAAAAAGCAGCAGCUGAUAAGAACUGACAACUACUUGUUCAAGUUUCAGUUCAAUGGCUUCCCCGGGAACAAAAAAAAGAUUGUUGAAAUUGCAGAGGAGAGGUAUAAAAAAAAAGUAUGUAUCUUUUAACAUUCUUUUCAUUUCAAAAGCUUCCUUCCCCCUUCUUCAUUUGCAUUUGUAAGCUAUUUUCCAUUAAUUUUUGUAUUAUGAAGAUACUUCUAAGUAUUGUAUUAUGUAUAUGCUGUUCUCUUGUUGUUCCAUUAUCAAGUUGUUUCCUCAUUUUUGUUGAAACUGUGCAUUUAGAAUUUUAGAUGGUCAGUGGAGAGGAAGAUGAUAAUAUGGCCAUGUAAUAUGUAUAGUCAAUUGUUUACAGUGCUGGCUAAUCGUCUGAGGGUCAGUGGUGUUGUACCUUGACAGUUUAGGGCAUCUCUGGUUCCUUUUGGUUCUCGGCUUCUCGCUAUGUUCAUGUUUUAUA